AUGUCUGACAGGCUCUCGCCGGGUCCUAAUGGAUUGCAGAUGGGACAGAAGAACUCCCGGAUUGAUGAAGGCUAUGACUGCAGUGGUCACAACUUCCAAAACAUUCCGGAUGAACUCCCCAGUUCAACUCAGAUUUUAGAUUUCAGUUUCAACUACCUGCCUUCCAUUUACAACACCACUUUUGGCAGGUUCAAGAGUCUUGUCUCCUUGGAUCUGACCAGAUGCAGAAUUAACUGGAUGUUUGAGGAUGCCUUCCAAAGCCAAAAUGACCUGGAGACACUUAUUUUAAAUGGGAACCAACUACUAUUCCUGGCUUUCAGUGCUUUUGAUGGCCCGCGGGCAUUAAAAUAUCUCAGUUUGGCUCAGACCUCAGUCAGUAAUCUGGAAUUCAUACCCAGCAGAAAUCUAAACUUUUUGGAGACCCUAGAGUUUGGAGACAACAACAUUUUUUCCUUACAGAAUCUCAGAAGCGUCAUAAGGCCAACGAUGAAGAGUGUCAACUUGCAGAUGAAUGAUAUUCAGAAUAUAGCAGCUACAGACAUGUCAUAUCUGAAGUACAACACUGGGAUUGACCUUAGCUUUAAAGGCAAUGGCAUUGUCCACAUUGAACCCGGUGCUUUUGAUUCCUUUAAGCUCAACAGUCUGGACUUCAGUGGCUGCUAUGACAAAGUGAACAUCUCUGGCAUCCUCACAGGACUAAGGGGACUGACAACAAACAUCCUGAAACUAGGAGUAUACGAGGGCACUAAAAAAGUAUACACCACGACUAAGUCCCUCCAAGGUCUGUGCUAUAUUGAUGUGAAGGAAGUGAGCCUCCAGUUACAUCAUUUCCCCGACCUUAACAAUGCAACAUUUAAGUGUUUCAACGGGGUUCAGAGACUUCACCUCACCAGGGCACACCUGUCCUACCUCCCCUCAAACAUCACGAACAUGGGAUCCCUAACCCACAUCUCCCUGGAUGAAAACAGCUUUCAGGAUGUGUGUCACAUCAAUGCUCACAAUUUUCCAUCUCUGUCACACCUGUCCAUGAAGAGGAACAAAAACAAGCUUUGGUUCCAAGAGAGCUGCCUGAAGGGUCUCUCAAAGCUCGAGUUCCUGGAUCUUAGCGAAAGCAACCUGCAGACAGGAUCGCAAUGUUGCAGCAAACAGCUGGAGGGUCUGGGCAAUCUUCGCUACCUCAAACUCAGCCGCAACCCCCACAUGCAGUGGGAGAGUCUUCCAUUUGGGAGGACACCUCAGCUCAAUCUCCUAGACUGCGCCCAUUUAUCGUUCUCUCACAGCUCAGACGAAGGGCCGUUCAGAAACUUGCUGCAGCUCCAGACCCUCAACCUCUCAUGGUCGAAAGUCAACCUCAGCGACGUUGAAUUGCUGCAGGGGCUGCCGAGCCUGCGCCACCUAACUUUGAGUGGUAACUACUUUCAUCUGGGGGUCAUUUCUGACACGGAGACAUUUAAACAUAUACCGCUUCUGGAGACCUUGAUCCUAUCAGAGUGUGGCAUCACAGCUAUGAAAGACAAUGUGUUCCAGGUCCUUACCAAUCUUGUAUAUGUCGACCUCAGUGGUAACAAACUGGUCACUUUCAGAAGCGGCCCUUUCUAUUCUCUAGAACACAUUCAGCUGAACUUCGCUCGAAACGAAAUUGAAAUUGUUGAUGGUGAAAGUUUCAAAGGCUUAGGGACUGGUAGUAAAAUUGACCUGAGAUAUAACCCUUUGGCAUGCAACUGUUCCAACAUUCAGUUCAUCCAGUGGGCACAGGAGAAUGCUGAUAAAAUAAUGCGACCCAAGGCGACCGUUUGCGGAGAUUCCAAGAAAGAGAUCUUGGAUGUACAGUUGCGCUGUGAAGGCUGA